AUGCCAGGGCCUUCGCCAGGGCUGCGCCGGGCGCUACUCGGCUUCUGGGUAGCCUUGGGCCUGGGGAUCCUCCGCCUGUCAGCGGUCGCGCAGGAGCCCUUCUGGGCGGACCUGCAGCCCCGCGUGGCGCUUGUGGAGCGCGGGGGCUCGCUGUGGCUGAAUUGCAGUACCAACUGCCCUCGGCCGGAGCGCGGCGGCCUGGAGACCUCGCUGCGCCGGAACGGGCCAGAGGGGCUGCGCUGGCUGGCGCGGCAGCUGGUGGACAUCCGCGAGCCGGAGACCCAGCCCGUCUGCUUCUUCCGCUGCGCGCGGCGCACGCUACAGGCGCGUGGGCUCAUUCGCACUUUCCAGCGGCCGGAUCGCGUAGAGCUGGUGCCGCUGCCUCCCUGGCAGCCGGUGGGCGAGAACUUCACCCUGAGCUGUAGGGUCCCGGGCGCCGGGCCCCGUGGGAGCCUCACAUUGACCCUGCUUCGGGGCGCCCAGGAGCUGAUCCGCCGCAGUUUUGCGGGAGAACCGGCCCGAGCGCGGGGCGCGGUGCUCACGGCCACGGUGCUGGCGCGGAGGGAAGACCAUGGAGCCAAUUUCUCCUGCCGCGCCGAGCUGGACCUGCGGCCGCAGGGCCUGGCGCUGUUUGAAAACAGCUCGGCUCCUAGACAGCUCUGGACGUACGCCCUGCCCCUGGACUCGCCGCGUCUCCUGGCUCCCCGGGUCCUGGAAGUGGACUCGCAAAGCCUCGUGAGCUGCACCCUGGACGGACUAUUCCCGGCCUCGGAGGCUGGGGUCCACCUCGCGCUGGGCGACAAGAGGCUGAAUCCAGAGGUCACCCUCGAGGGGGACGCAAUCGUGGCCACCGCCACCGCCACGGCAGAGGAAGAGGGCAUCAAGCAGUUGGUCUGCGCUGUGACCCUGGGGGGCGAGCGGCGGGAAAGCCGCGAGAACGUGACCGUCUAUAGUUUCCCGGCGCCCCUCUUGACCCUGAGCGAACCCAGCGCCCCCGAGGGGAAGUUGGUGACAGUAACCUGCACAGCCGGGGCCCGAGCCCUGGUCACCUUAGAGGGAGUUCCCGCUGCAGCCCCGGGGCAGCCCGCCCAGCUCCAGUUUAAUGCUUCCGAGAGCGACGACGGACGCAGCUUUUUUUGCGACGCCACUCUGGAGUUGGACGGGGAGACCCUGAGCAAGAACGGGAGCGCAGAGCUUCGUGUCUUAUACGCCCCCCGGCUGGACGAUGCGGACUGUCCCAGGAGCUGGACGUGGCCAGAGGGCCCAGAGCAGACGCUGCGCUGCGAGGCUCGCGGAAACCCAACGCCCGCGGUGCACUGCGCGCGGUCCGACGGCGGUGCGGUGCUGGCGCUGGGCCUGCUGGGCCCGGUCACUCGCGCGCUCGCCGGCACUUACCGCUGCACCGCGGCCAACGUCCAGGGCGAAGCGGUCAAGGACGUGACGCUGACCGUAGAGUACGCACCGGCGCUGGACAGCGUGGGCUGCCCGGAACGCGUGACGUGGCUGGAAGGAACAGAAGCGUCGCUGAGUUGUGUGGCACACGGGGUCCCGCCGCCCAGCGUGAGCUGCGUGCGCUCCGGGCAAGCCGACGUCAUCGAGGGGCUGCUGCUGGUGGCCCGGGAGCACGCGGGCACUUACCGCUGCGAGGCCAUCAAUGCUCGGGGCUCUGCGGCCAAAAACGUGGCCGUCACGGUGGAGUAUGGUCCCAGUUUUGAGGAGCGGAGCUGCCCCAGCAACUGGACGUGGGUGGAAGGAUCGGAACAGCUGUUUUCCUGCGAGGUGGAAGGGAAGCCGCAGCCAAGCGUGCAGUGCGUGGGCUCCGAGGGCGCCAGCGAGGGGCUGCUGCUGCCGCUGGCGCCCCUAAACCCUAGUCCCAGCGACCCCAGCGUCCCUAGAGACCUGGCACCCGGGAUCUACGUCUGCAACGCCACCAACCCGCACGGCUCGGCGGUCAAAACAGUCGUCGUGAGCGCGGAGUCGCCGCCGCAGAUGGACGACUCCACGUGUCCGAGCGACCAGACGUGGCUGGAAGGGGCCGAAGCUGGCCCUGCCUGCGCCGCCCGGGGCCGGCCCUCGCCACGAGUGCGCUGCUCCCGGGAGGGCGCGCCCCGACCUGCGCGACCGCGCGUGUCGCGGGAGGAUGCGGGCACUUAUCUCUGUGUGGCCACCAACGCGCACGGCUCGGACUCCCGGACCGUCACUGUGGGUGUGGAAUACCGGCCCGUAGUGGCCGAGCUGGCGGCCUCACCCUCGGGAGGCGUGCGCCCGGGCGGGAACUUCACGCUGACUUGCCGCGCGGAGGCAUGGCCCCCAGCUCAGAUCAGCUGGCGCGCGCCCCCCGGGGCCCCCAACAUCGGCCUGUCGAGCAACAACAGCACGCUCAGCGUGGCCGGCGCCAUGGGCAGCCACGGCGGCGAGUACGAGUGCGAGGCCACCAACGCGCACGGCCGCCACGCGCGGCGCAUCACGGUGCGCGUGGCAGGUCCGUGGCUGUGGAUCGCCGUGGGCGGUGCUGUGGGGGGCGCGGUGCUGCUGGCCGCGGGCGCCGGCCUGGCCUUCUACGUGCAAUCGACGGCGUGCAAGAAGGGCGAAUACAACGUGCAGGAAGCCGAGAGCUCGGGCGAGGCCGUGUGUCUCAACGGCGCGGGCGGCGGCGCCGGCUCGGGCGCGGAGGGCGGCCCGGAGGCGGAGGACUCUGCCGAGUCGCCCGCGGGGGGCGAGGUCUUCGCCAUCCAGCUGACGUCAGCCUGA